AACCAUUAUAUGUGUAAAGAUGAAAAUUUCACAAAAUGUGUAACUAAUAAUCAUAAUUCAUUUCCCAAAAUUUCAGCUCGAUCCGUCUGGCGGAAAAAAAGUCGAUUUUACAAUCUCUCUCAUAAUGUGGACAUCUAUCGACGAGUACCCGAUCGACAUCGGAUUAUCAACCUGCGGAAAAUGUAAAACCGGUUGUCGCCAGUGCAAAUGUGGUAAAAACGGUUUAAAAUGCACGAUUUAUUGUCAGUGUUUGCCAGGUACAUGUCAAGAUCGAUCAAACAAACAGAUGAUUCAGUUCGACCUUCAUAGUGCUAUAAACAGUGAAAGCGAGAACGAUGAUUUUCAGAAAACUCAAGAAAACGAUUGCAGCGAAGAAGACGAUGACCAGGACGCAUUGGAACGAUAUGACUCUUGCAACUCGAGCAACGUAUCAGACUUCGAAGGCGAUGAUUAUAUACGCUUUUUAUAA